CGACACGGGCCCCCACCACGGGAUGUACCCCGACGACGCCGCAGCAGGGAUGAGCUUGGGCAGUUUCUUGGAUUUUUGUGUGUCGAAUCCGGCGCGAGAGCCCGUGUCUUCCCGUCUGCGUCCGGCCCCAGUGUUGAGCCUUCGUCCGGCGUGAGCCCCCAACGCUGUAAGAGGCCCGCGCGAUAAUCGCGACGUCCACGGAGGAGCCGGCCCGGGAGGACCGGGCGCCAGCGGGCGGAGCCGUCCUCCUCGGUGGGGCCAGCCCACCCUCCGCCCCCAGCAAGCGGAACAUGAAGUCGCUGAUGCCCGACGUGUACCCCGACCAGCUAAGGGAGCUCAACCCGCUCAUCUGCUACGUGCAGUGCCUGCGCGAUCAUGCUGACGACACCUCCAACGCGAGCAAAAAGGCCCACAUCCGAUCCAGCGCUUUCAAACACUUGAAGAAUGAAAGUUGUGUCAAAAAUGGGGAAGGAUUUGCUAUCGCCGUGUCCCUUCAAGACGGAACAAUCAUCUACGUAUCUGGCUCCAUCACUUCUCACCUUGGCUAUUCAAAGGAUAUGCUUCUCGGUCAAUGCAUAAUGAACUUCCUGUACCCCCGUGACCGCAUCACCUUCGCCAAUCACCUAAGCCACGGCCUCAACUCUUGGUUCAAUGAGGAUGCGAAAGGUAUUUGCCACAACCGAAGCCAGAGCACCUUCCUAUGCAGAUUCAGGCAAUACCAGAGCCUGAAAUUCGGCUACGGCAUCUCGGACAAGAAGGUGCAGUACAAGCCAUUCCAGAUGUCCGUUUACAUCAAGGACGCCGCCAACGGCGAUGACGUCAGCGUCGAGAACGCCUCCACCGCCAUGUGCCUCGUGGUCACCACAGUCGCCAUCAAGACGGCCUACAGGGUGCCAGCGGAAACUCCCGCCAUGACGUAUUUUUCCACACGCCAUACGGCAUCCUGCCAUUACAGCCACGUUGAUCUCAGCGCUGCAGUGUACCUUGGAUACUUGCCUCAAGACAUGCUGGGCCAUUCAGUGUUCGAUUUUUACUGCCCGGAGGACAUGGAGUUGCUGAGGGGCAUCUACGACUUGGUGAUGAAAGAGCAGGGACACUCUUUCCGAAGCAAGCCGUAUCGUUUCAGAGCGCUCAACGGUUGUUUUAUUAAGCUCGAGACAGAUUGGUCCUGCUUCAUCAAUCCUUGGACGCGAAAGCUGGAGUUCGUGGUCGGCCAGCACAGGGUUAUCGAGGGUCCGACGAAUCCAGACGUGUUCGCCGAGUCGUCACCCGAGGGCUUCUUGGGGGACCAGCCUAUGACGGGGGAAGCCCACAAUAACAACAGACUCAUACAGCAACAGAUCAAGGACAUCCUUUCACAGACGGUGAAACUUCGAGAAAACAGCAACAUGCGGCAGCGAUCCAACAAGAGGCGGAAAGAGCUCGCAUCUUUCGUCAGCACUCUCGUGGGAGAGCUGGCACACAAGCGAGUCGCAGACAAAGGAGAGGAGCAAGUAACCGUAACAGCAGAAGGAUGCACAUGCUCCGACCUCGGAUCGGUUGUGAUGGGGGAGAUUUCACCUCACCAGGAGCUCCACGACUCGGAUCCUUCGAGCGAGUCGCCGCCAAACAUCCAGGAGAUAAGAUACCAAGAAAAUAUCGAGAGGUUCUUCGCAAGCAACCCGAAGACAAAUUCAUCCGACGAACCGGCAGAGAUAAAAAUUGAUAACGAUCGUAAUUCGCCCGAGAACCGAGAAGAAGAGGCUAUCAAGGCCACAGCUUCGCCGCAAUCUUCCGAAGACAAGUCGGCCUCGGACUUCGCGGUGGUUGACAGCAACUACGCCAGCGCUGGAGGCAGUGGAGUGAGCGGCAUCGGAUGCGGAAGCGGCAGCGGGAGCGGAAGUGGCAGCGGAAGUAAAGGCAGUGGAGGAAGCGGCGGUAGCGGAUCCGGCAGUGGUGACGGAGGCAGCGCUGGCGGCGGCCGUAGUUCCGACUCUAAGCGAAAGCACUCUUCAGUCACGACCGGUGACUCUGGGAACGAGUCCCUAACCGUCAAGGAGCAGCAGAUGCGCGCCAGCAGCAGUAGCAGCAGCCGCAACGGCAGCGCGGGAGCCGCGAGCGCGGACGACAGGUACCCGCCCUGCCCGCCGCUCACCGAGGAGGUGCUGCUGCAGUACAACCGACUGGCCUACAAGCACAUGAAGCAGCAGCACCAACAUCAGCAGCAGCAGCCCGGGGUGGGCAACGGAGGCGGCGCGACCGCGGACGACUACAAGGACAACCACCGGCUCAAGCGCAGCGGAUCGCCGCUCGUCAACUCGAACCUGCACAAGCACAACAAGUCCUGCAGGGAGAGCACGGCGGCCGACGGCUCAGCAGCUGCAUCAGCGGCGCCGUUUCCUCCACUGCUGCACGCCGCCGCAUCGCUGGUCACCUCGCAGCCGGACAACGUGGCUGCCUUCGUCCCGAACCUGGCCAUCCCCACCUACACCUACGUGCCGCUAGGGGGAGCGCAGUCACCCUCCAGCACUGCGCCAUUUCUCAUACCCGUGAUGUACGUGGGUGGCGUGCCACUGUACCCUUCGCUGCCGACGGGUGACGGACCGCAGUCCAAGGGCAUGUGGCAAUGCGGCGCCCUGCCGCUCAUGCCUCUGUGGCAGCAACCGCCCGUCAACAGAGGCACUGCCAGCGGACAGGAGGCGACCAAAGCCGACGCCAAGACACCGGGAGCCCCGACGGGGGCCGCCACCGAAAAGCACUCCGACGAUGCGCUAAGGAAGCCCCUCCAAGAAGGGACAGACAAGACGAGCGGUCCGGCGACCAUUACGGGCCUCGGCGACGGCUACGCCAACGGCAGACGGGGCAGCGGCGGUGCCAAUGGCGGCACUGAAAUGGAGGGUUGCUCGAUGCGACCCUUCAAACCGUACUCGACGGGGUUCGGCAGCGGUCCCACAGCCGGAAGCACCAAGUCGGAUGCGGACGACCGGCGCCACAGCCAGAGCACCGAGAAAGACAUGCACCAGGACGACUCCGUGUCGCUCUCGUUCGAGUCAUCUUUCUUCGAGAAGUCCGAGAACUCGGAAAGCCAGUUCUCUUCCGAGAAGUCUUCUGAGGACACGGACUCCGAGAUGAAGGACCGCCGACGCAAGCAGCCCUCCCGGGCUGUGCUGCGCGAGCCGCACUGGACCGAGGGCGUAUCGCUGACGGCGGAGCUAGUCUACCGGUACCAAAUGCGGGCGCCCGACGCGGCCGACGUGCUGCGCGGGGACAGGGACAAGCUGCAGCGGAUGCAGCAGCCGAGGUUGGUCAACGAGCAACUGUCCGUGCUGCAGCUCGAGUUGGAAGACGCGCUCGACGGCGAGCCCGCUGCAGAGGACGAGCCCAUGAGAGGGGGUUCCAAAGCCUGCUCACCCUCCGCGGGACUCGGGUCGUCCAAGUCCGCGACGCUUCCGGACGCCACUGCAGAAGCCGCGGAAGCGCAGGGAUGCGCCAUGUACGCCAUGGAAGAGGACGACCUCACGCAAGAGAUGGCAGCGAAGGAAGAACGCCUUCUCUCCUCAUACGACCCUGACUUCGCUCUUGCCGACUCCGACGCUGAAUUUUGAUUGGUAAUCAUCGCGUUUCUCUCUCUCUCUCAUUGGAUCAAGUUCACCGCGCCUGACAUUCCUGUGGAAGAACAAAAAGUAAAGAAAAGAAAAGAAGAGAGGCGGCCCCCUCUCCUUCUCUGUCUCGUCCUCCUACAAGCAUCGCGCAGCGAGCAUAACGGCCUCACGAACGGCGAACAUUCAAGCUUCCCGUCCGCGCGCGCCGCGCUGCGCGCUCCAAGUGUGGUCGCACCUGUUCAUCAACAACUGUGUACGUCUGUCCAUAUCUUCUCUGAUCAAUAAAGACCAGUUACCGCAA